AUGGAGACAGAAUCCACAGCAUCAGAUGAGCAGUUGUGUUCAGGACAGAAGGGGAUUCUCCCCAAACCCACCCUUUGGGCUGAGCCAAGCUCUCUAAUCACUAGGGGGUGGCUUGUGAGCAUUUGGUGUCAGGGGACACUGGAAACCCAAGAGUACCAUCUAUAUAAAGAAGGAAGCCAAGAGCCCUGGGACACAAAGACCUCAGUGGAGUCAGGGAACGAAGCCAUCCCAUUCAUGACAGAGCACCAUGAGGGGCAAUAUCGCUGUCACUAUUUCAACCUUAAUAUGUCUUCAGAACACAGUGAGCCCCUGGAGCUGGUGGUGACAGGAUUCUACAGGAAACCCAGCCUCUCAUCCCUGACCAGCCCUGUAGUAGACUCAGGAGGGUCUGUGACCCUCCAGUGUGGCUCAUGCCAGGGAUAUGGUAGGUUCGUUCUGAUUAAUGAAAGAGAACCCAAUCUCUCCUGGACCCUGAACUCACAGCAACACCCCAGUGGGCAGUACCAGGCCUUGUUCUCUAUGGGCCCUAUGACCCCUGGUCACAGAUGGACAUUUAGAUGCUAUGGCUAUUACAGCAGGACCCCCCAGGUGUGGUCAAUACCCAGUGACCCCAUGGAGCUUCAAAAUUUAGGUGAGGAAGCUCCAUCUUUGACACAACAGGUUUUUAAGGUUCCAAGUACUUUGUAUUUAGCCCUGCUCCCAGGGACUCCCAGGUGGCUGGAGGGAACUCAAAGACCCUGAGACAGAGACCUAGAGUGUGAGAUAUAGAGACCUGCAUAGAAUGCUAGGAAGAGGCAGUUGUUUGGCAGGAACCAUCCCAUUAGCUGUGGCUUGUCUUCCCAAAGGAGAUGUCCAAAAGGCAUCCAGCAGGAUUCUCUCCUGGGCCCUAGAAAGACCUAGACUCUCCAUUGUGGCACUGAUACCAGAUUUGCCUUGUCCAGAUUCCUUGGUGCCCUGGAAUAUGACUGGAAUGUCUUGAUGUGUUUGUAUACCUAUUUCUAUCUUUCUAUCUGUCUGUCUUUCUGUCCACUUGCUAUCCAUCCAUCCAUCCAUC